AUGACUCCAGUUCAGCAGCUGACGUGUUCGCUGUUGUAUUACGGUUGUAUUCGUUCAGCCGACAUCAAUCCCGUUGCGAUCGUUGAUCCCAGCAUUGAUUGGAACUCUGUGGGCGGACUGGAACACCAUAUCAAGGCGCUCAAGGAGAUGGUGUUGCUCCCGCUCCUGUACCCUGAGAUCUUCGAUCGGUUCGGCAUCAUGCCUCCGCGCGGUGUACUGUUCUACGGCCCGCCCGGUACCGGCAAGACCCUCAUGGCCCGCGCUCUGGCCAGCACCUGCUCUCAGUCGGGCACCAAGGUGUCGUUCUUCAUGCGGAAAGGCGCCGAUUGUCUCAGCAAGUGGGUGGGCGAGGCCGAGCGUCAGCUGCGGCUCCUGUUCGAUCAAGCGCGAUUGCUUCAGCCGUCCAUCAUUUUCUUUGACGAAAUUGACGGCCUUGCUCCCGUGCGCUCAAGCAAGCAGGACCAGAUCCACAGCUCGAUUGUGUCGACGCUCCUGGCUCUCAUGGAUGGCCUGGACAAUCGCGGCCAAGUGGUUGUUAUUGGAGCCACCAACAGGAUCGACGCCAUCGACCCCGCCCUGCGACGACCUGGGCGAUUCGAUCGCGAGUUCAUGUUUACCCUACCCACGAAGAAGGACAGAAGGCAAAUUUUCUCAAUCCACGCCAAGAAGUGGAAUCCGCCGCUUCCCGAGCGUCUGGUGACCGAGGUGGCCGAUAUGUGCGUUGGCUAUUGCGGCGCCGAUCUCAAGGCCCUGUGUACUGAAGCGGCGCUGAGGGCGGUCCGGCGGGUCUAUCCGCAGAUCUACGAGAGUCCCGACAAGUUGCUGAUCGACAUUGAAAACAUCAAGGUCACUCGCGCCGACUUCAUCACCGCGAUGAAGAAGAUCACUCCCGCCUCGCACCGAUCGGCAACGACCCACGCCGCUUCGCUCUCGCCCACGUUCCAGCCGCUGCUGGAGAAAGACCUCGCGGCGCUGUGCGAUUUGGCCCGUAAGAUCUUCGGCGCCUUCACCAACAGCGAGAAUGCCUCCGACAACGAGGAAGAGGACGACGAUGACGCGAGCGACGAUGCGGAGGCGAACGGCGGAGACGCGUCGGCCUACGACGACCACCAGCAGAACGGCGGCAGAGAGUUGGUGGUGCGGAAAUCGGGCGGGCGACGAAUGCGUGGCAUUGCCGCAUCGUCCUUCUCGCUCCCGCACCCCGUGCACCGGCCCCGCAUACUGCUGCAUGGCGAGGCCGAGCUGGGCCAGGCCCACGUCGCGGCGGCCCUCCUCCACGCCCUAGAGCAGUACCCGGUCUUCUCGCUCGACAUCGCCUCGUUGUGCGCCGACACCGUGGCCAAGUCGCUGGAGGAGGCCUGCGUCAACACGUUCACGGAGGCCAAGCGGAAGCUGCCCUCGAUCAUCUUCCUGCCUCACAUCGACACGUGGUGGGACAUGGCCCAGCCGACGCUCCGCCUCACCUUCCUCACCCUCCUCCAAGACACGCUGCCCAACAUCCCGUUGCUGGUGCUGUGUACGAGCGACGUGCCGGAAAAGCUGCUGCCGCACGACGUGGCGUCGCUCUUCACCCACACGCACCCGCUGCACUACCCCGACGAGGAGGCGCGUCGGGCCUUCUGGGCGCACUUUGUCGACGACGUGGCGCAGCCACCGCCCGACGUGGCCAAGAGGAAGAAGCGCGCCCUCGCCGUCCUGCCCAAGGCCCCCAUCCAGCCGGGCCUCCAGAAAGAGGACGAGCAGCGAAAACGCGUUGAGGACCACUACCUGCGGAAGCUGCGCAUGCGGUUCAGGGAGUGCAUACUCAGCCUUCUGCGAGAGCGGCGUUUCCAGCCGUUCUACAAGCCCGUGGAUCCGUCCGACGCUCCGGACUACUACGAAAUCAUCAAGAGCCCGCUGUGCCUGGAGCAGAUGCUGGAGAAGGUCGACGCAGCCAAGUACCCCACGCUUCCGGCUUUCUUGGCCGACGUGCAGUUGAUCAGGGCCAACGCGGAGGAGUACAACCCGCGCGACGACCCGCACUUCCUCAUCAGCAAGGCGCGACAACUGGAGGACAUGGUCUACGCAUUCGCCUAUCGACUCAAGAAGCACGAUGCCCGGCUCCUGGCCACGUGCGAGGAGAUCGCUGCCCGCCCUGCUCCUCCCGCGCCUGCGCCGGCGACCACGGCCACGACGCCGACGGGGGGUGCCACCCCGGCGACCCCGUCGGGUGUUGGGUCGGCGGCAGAACCGGCCAAGGACUCGGAGGCCGGCUCGAAGGAGUCCGACCAGAUGGAGAUCGAUGCGUCCGAUAGCAACGCGGCCGUCAAGCCGACCGAGGCUUCGCAGUCGCAGUCGCAGUCGGAAAGCGAGGAGCGAGAAGAGGAAUCGAAGGAGUCGAGCACGCCAGCGACAACUGAGAAACCGCGCACAGCACUGGAAACAGCACCGGUGGAGACGUCGUCCGCGGCGGCGGCAAGAGAAUUGGCGCCAACACCAACGGCGGCCACCACCACCACCAGUACCACUACCACUACCACAGAGGACGGCCACGUGAAUGUCAACGGAGAAGAGGAGGAGGAGGAGCUCAAGGAGAAACCCACCUUCGUGCUCGACAGAGAGAGGCUGGAGCGCCUGGGGGAGGAGGUGGUCAUAUGGACCGAGAGGUUCACUGUAGAUAGCCUGCAUGCGCUUCAUGCCAAGGUUUACCAACUGAUCCACCAGCAUCGCCACGAGUGGGACAAGACAAGGCUCCUCGAGGAGCUGAUCAGGGCUGUUCAAGAGCACCCACCUCACUCUCAGUCUUUGGCGACCUCUGAAGGCUCGCUCGAUGUAUCGCACGGCGAGUGA